AGACGCGCAAGGAAUUAUGGGACUUUUAGUUCUCGAUGUAGGACGGUUGGCUUGAUAACACCGCGAAAGACCAAACAAGCCAUUUACCACCGAAAAUAAAAAAAAUUGCCUCGAAUUCAGCAUAAAUACAGGUUCCACAUGUUCUCAGUCCGGGCAAUUUCGGGUGGAUUCAGCCUUCGUGCGAGCAAGAGCGGCUCACUUUGGGUAAAAAAAUAAACAGGAAGUUGUUAGCGUUGUGGGACGUGUAGUUCCGCUUGUAGGCCACUGAGCUUUAUAACAACGCAUAGAAUAAAGAAACAACAUUUAAAUAUCCAAUUUUUAACCCGAGUACGCGUUAAUAGGUUCGGCAUUGAAGGCAACAUGCCCGGGUUCACCUGCUGCGUGCCUGGUUGCUACAACAACUCGCACCGGGACCGGGAGCUGCGCUUCUACACAUUUCCUAAAGACACCACGCUGAGGGAGAUGUGGCUGAGGAACAUCUCCCGGGCCGGGGUCAGCGGCUGCUUCAGCACCUUCCAGCCCACCACGGGGCACCGAGUCUGCAGCGUGCAUUUCGCCGGCGGGAGGAAGACGUACUCCAUUCGGGUACCGUCCCUCUUCCCUCUGCGGGGCGUCAAUGAGCGCAGGAGUCGGCGGGGCAGAGGCAGGAAAGUGUCCGCGGCGGCUCCUGCCACCGCCGCUGCAGCGACCUCCGGGAUUGUCAUUACCAACGUCCUGGGCAACGCGGCAGAAGGAGCCGAGGGCAACACCGGCGGCGAGGCGAGCGACGACACCAUCACCGUGGUUCAGAUAGGCCAAAACGGGGAGUACCUGGGCACGGCGCGGCUGCCCGCACAGUCUGAGGGGACUUGUUUCACAGCGCCGAUCGGGACCUCGGAGGAGCUGACCGCCGACGACUCAUCGGUGGAGACCGCGUCCAGCUUGCUGCAGCAGCCCGUGCAGUACGUCAGUGUCACCAGCAGCCCGCUGGACCACUCGUACUCUCUCACCACCGGCACUACGUCUGCUGAGCUGCUGCGGAAACUGAACGAGCAGCGGGACAUCAUCGCACUGAUGGAGGUGAAGAUGAAGGAGAUGAAGGCGACCAUCCGCCAGCUGCGGGUGGCGGAGGCAAAGCUGCAGGAGGAUGUGCGAGAGCGGGACAGACUGCUGUACGGGAACUCUGUGGCUGUGAGCGUACGGAAGAAAAUCUGAUGGAUGAACAAAACCUGUGACUGAGACUGAGACUGAAGGGAAGACAUCGAGAUUCUGAAGACAGUAGAUCCAGCUCUAUUUUGUAUAAAUCUACGAGCGAUGACAAUUUAUUUUCAACAAGUAGAAUCCAUAGGCCUGAUGUAAAGAAAAGUUGGCUGGCUAGUUCAUGUAGCUUAUAUCAAAAGCCUCAUUGCUAAUUACUUAGAAACAUGCAAAAUCCACUCUUGACAUACAGCCAAAAAAGGUUAGUAAUAACUUAUAUCAAUACAACUAGACUCAGUGUGUGCAGAGGCUUAUACAUUUAUAUGAGAUGACCAAGACUGCCUAUAGUUCAUAGAAAGUUUUUCUCUUGGAAGGUUUCUAUUACAAUGCUUUUAUUUCUUUACCUAUGAGCUUGAAUUAGGGGGUUGUUGCCAGAAACAUCCCACAAUAUCCACAAUAGAUUUGUUGAGGUAAUGUAAAGUUUGCCAAGAUGAAGUAUCGAGACUUUUGUAAACAAAAACACUACUCUUGGCAGACUUUUGGUGUUAGUCAAUAAAAUAAAGCGAUACCAUGACUUGAGUUGCCUUUACAGGUGGUAUCGUAACCCUCUUAUAAGUGAUGUUUCUUGAAAACAUGCAUUCAUUAACUUUCACUCAACUUGUUUCUGUCAAAGAAAUAUUACAGACAACUUGUUGCGCAGGUGCUUUAUGCAACUUUGAAGCCGUACUUUGUCCACUCCCUGGGUUUUUCUGUGAAACACCAGCUGGUUAUCUCAAUGUGAUUCAUGGUUGAAUUUGAUGUGCCUGUUUAUGGUCAGAUAUUUUUCUCCUGCAGAUAUUUGGUGACUGCUUCUCCCAGUUCAUCAGUGUUUUAUGCAGGGUGUUACAUACAUUUCUGAUUUUGUUUUUUAACUUGGUCUGACAUUAUUGCUCCGCUGUCAUUUUGAAGUAAAUUUUAUUUUGUAAUAGAGCUGAUUAAUAGUAAAUAAUUUCUCCACUCA